CCAAACGCGUCUCUAGACCAAAACACAAUACUCGCUUUCUUUCUUUUCUUCUUCUUUUAACUCUCUCUCUGUUCAAUUUACGACCAAAUCAAUUUUCCCUAGGAAAAAAAUCCGAAUUUUCUCGGCCAGGAUUUAACUGAACGAAACUUGAAUCAGAGGUCGUCUUACCUGAAAUCAACUUCCGAUCCAAUCGAACAUGAGGCGAUUCAAAUCCUAGGGUUUAUCUUUACCGUUCUUCGCGGUCUUCGAUUUUUUGAUUUCCAUUUCGAUUUCGAUUUCAGAUUUCUAGGGUUUGGAUUUGGUUUCUGUAUGUGAGAUUUGUUCUCUAAGAUGUAUAGCAAUUUCAAGGAGCAAGCGAUAGAGUACGUGAAGCAGGCUGUACAGGAAGAUAAUGCCGGGAAUUACGCUAAAGCCUUUCCGUUGUACAUGAACGCGUUGGAGUACUUUCGAACUCAUUUGAAGUACGAGAAGAACCCUAAGAUCAAGGAGGCGAUUACGCAGAAAUUCACAGAGUAUCUGCGCCGAGCCGAGGAGAUCCGCGCGGUUUUGGACGACGGCGGACCCGGGCCUGCGUCGAACGGGGAUGCGGCUGUGGCGACGAGGUCUAAGACGAAGCCCAAGGACGGUGGGGAAGGCGGCGACGGGGACGAUCCCGAGAAGGAGAAGCUGAGAGCUGGGCUUAACUCGGCGAUUAUCAGGGAAAAGCCGAAUGUGAAGUGGAACGACGUUGCGGGGUUGGAGAGCGCGAAACAGGCUUUGCAGGAGGCUGUAAUUUUGCCGGUGAAGUUCCCGCAGUUCUUUACUGGAAAGAGACGUCCGUGGAGAGCUUUCCUAUUGUAUGGGCCACCUGGAACUGGGAAGUCAUACUUGGCGAAGGCUGUUGCAACUGAAGCAGAUUCUACAUUUUACAGUAUUUCGUCAUCAGACCUGGUGUCAAAGUGGAUGGGUGAAAGUGAAAAGUUAGUUUCCAGUCUCUUCCAUAUGGCACGUGAAAGUGCUCCAUCGAUCAUAUUCAUUGAUGAAAUAGAUUCAUUAUGUGGUCAACGUGGAGAAGGCAAUGAGAGUGAAGCAUCUAGACGCAUAAAGACAGAGCUUCUUGUGCAGAUGCAGGGUAUGGGAAACGAUGAUCAGAAAGUACUUGUUCUGGCAGCAACAAAUACUCCUUAUGCCUUAGACCAGGCGAUCAGGCGGCGUUUUGACAAGCGCAUUUACAUUCCUCUACCAGAUUUGAAGGCUCGACAGCAUAUGUUCAAAGUGCAUCUAGGAGAUACUCCUCACAACUUGACAGAGAGUGACUUUGAAAGUUUAGCUCGCAGAACAGAAGGUUUUUCAGGAUCAGAUGUAGCUGUUUGUGUUAAGGAUGUUUUGUUUGAACCUGUUCGUAAAACCCAAGAUGCUAUGUUCUUUGUUAAGACCUCUAAUGGUAUGUGGAUGCCAUGUGGACCUAAGCAAUCAGGUGCCGUCCAAAUAUCCAUGCAGGAGCUGGCAGCAGAAGGCCAAGCUUCAAAGAUCCUUCCACCUCCUAUCUCAAAAACAGAUUUUGAUAAGGUGCUUAUUAGACAGAGGCCUACAGUGAGCAAAGGUGACCUCGACGUCCACGAGAGAUUCACGAAGGAGUUUGGAGAGGAAGGGUGAUGAAUUUUUCUGUAAUUACAUCAUUGGUCCACACUAGCCAUAAGUGCAAUCGUGUUACUAUGAUUGUGGUUCCCAUAUUGGUGCUGGAUCUGAUGAAUUGUUUACUUAUUAGUCCUUUUAAAUGGGAAGGCGAUACGACCUCCCUUUCCUGUAUUGAGAUGGAAAUACCGGUGUUUGAUACUUGUUGGUUUCUUAUUUAAAUUCUGUAAAGUACAUACAGUUGGAAAAAAAAAUGCUUCAAAAUGUUGAUGCUUCAUAAA